CGACAUUAGCAAAUCGCGAGUUGUAGUAGACUGAUUGUCAUAGCGUAUCGUGCUAUUUGGUGGCAAGUGUAAGAAGUGCGUGUGAUCGGCGUGACAACGCGACGAGACAACGACGGCAAAAUCUUACGGAGUAUCGAAAUUUCUAAUGUGGAUGGAUUUAAUGAAAAUAAUGAGAAUUUGUCAGAGAUUGUCGGGUGUCGUGUAGGAAAAAGGAGAAUAGUAAUAACGGGGACGGGUACAGUGACGGCGACAGGGGGGGGGGAAGAGUAUCGUGGUGGAAGUGGAGAAGGAGGAGUUUGCGAGGGUGAAAGAGAGAGAAAGAGAGAAAACGAGUUGCGGUGUGAUGGUCGUUCGACUUCGAUCAAAAAGAACGAAGAGAGAGAAAGAGUGAGUGAGUGAAAGAGAGGAAGAGCGACGAUAGGCCGGGUUUCUAGCUAAGAAGCAGCGGAUGGUUGUAAAAUGGCGGCGGGGCCGGUUGUGUGGCGACUGCUAGAUGGUUGGUCGGUAAGCAUUGACGUCGUUUGAUUCAACUGAAAAGAGAAUAAUCGAGGAGGAUUGUCGUGGUGGAAGAGUAGGUCCGUUUGGUAAGAGUGAAACUGUGGAACGAAACGGAAGGAGCGCGGGCUCGCACGAUUUUCGAAGCAAUUCCGCGCCGCUGGUGAAAGAUGCCGCAUCUGUGCCGGUAGUGAAUAAUUUGGUGGUGUAAUGUUGCGUAGAAAAAUCGCGAUGUGAUCUUUGUGCAUUGUAAGACAAAAAGAGAGAGAGAGAGAGAGAGAGAGAGAGAGAGAGAGAGAGAGAGAGAGAGAGAGACAGAGAGAAAGCGAGAGAGGUAGUUAAAGGGGAAGAAAACGGUGCAGUGUCUUGCACUUGUUCGAAAGGGGAGAGAGAUAUUUUUUGUAGGCUUUUUUUUUAGUCCAAGUCGUGGAUUUACUGUGGUCCAUCAACGGUGUUGGAAGAAGCAGAAAAAGAAGUGGAGGAGAAGGGGAGGAGAAGGUGACGAACGUUUGACGAUAGAAAGAUGACAAGGUCGUCGCGUUCUUCGACAUCGAUGUCGAGCCGUGGUUGUUGUUGUUACCGCUGCUGCUGUCGUCGUCGUCGCCGGUGCAGUUUGGCAGGAGCCGCGAAUGCGACCGCCAGGAAAGCUGCGGAAAGCGUUGCCAGUGAGCAGCUCAGUGGGCGUUACGAUUGAGAAUUUCAUUCCUCUUUUCCUCGGAAUCGUUCUUUUCGCCGUUGGAAGUGGAGGAAGAGGAAGAGGAGGAAAAAACGGUGGAGGACGAGGAAGAAGAUGAGAGGCGCACGCGGUAGCUGCUCCGCGAGUGUUCUCGCAUUAGCGCUUUUUUAUUUACUUUACGCAUCCUAUCCAGUUGAUGGAUUAUUGAAGUGCUACUGCGAUAUUUGCACGGAUACUAAUCACACGUGUGAAACCGAUGGCUAUUGUUUUGCCAGUACGAGCUUGGAGAAUGAUGUCAUCACGUAUGCCAGGAGGUGUUACAAUAAGACGUACUUCUUCCCGGGGCCCGAAUACUCAGUCUGGUGUACAACGAACAUCAUCCAGAAUGUUCCUGACGGUAUCAAGUCCGUCGUUGCUUGCUGCGACCACUCCGACUUCUGCAAUCGCGAGCUAUGGCCCUCUUUUCCUCUUCACGAACUCGAGCCUCGGCAACGUUCUCGAAACGACAACGACCUCGAAGGAGCAUCCGCGUGCGUGAAGGAACUACAUCUUGGUGGAAGAUGGCGAAGAUUUCGAGUCGUUGUCGUCUUGUCAAAAGUGUCGUCGAAUGGGAACGAUUCAACGUGGAUUACUUGGAAAAUGGCCUUGACGAUAGCACUUCCUGUAUGCGCAAUCUGUCUGAUCAUCAUGAUUUUUUAUCACACAUACCUCUCGAAGAAAGAUUCUACAAGACAUUUCCCAGAUGAUUCGUUGGAGGCACCGGAUCGACCAAUCCUGGGAGGUGUCACUAUCAGAGAUAUGUUGGAAAUGACAACUAGUGGUAGCGGUUCGGUAGGUCUGCCACUUCUGGUACAGCGGAGUAUAGCACGCCAGAUUCAGCUUGUUGAGACGAUCGGAAAGGGUCGUUUCGGUGAGGUCUGGCGUGGACGUUGGAGGGGUGAAAACGUUGCCGUUAAAAUCUUUAGCUCGCGAGAAGAAAGAUCUUGGUUUCGAGAAGCAGAGAUCUAUCAGACGGUGAUGUUGAGGCAUGAUAAUAUCCUUGGCUUCAUCGCUGCUGAUAAUAAAGACAAUGGAACCUGGACGCAAUUGUGGUUAAUCACGGAUUACCACGAGAAAGGUUCGCUUUUUGAUUAUCUAAACAGAUUGACUGUAGAUACGAAUGGUAUGAUUAGAAUGGCUUUGUCGAUCGCCACUGGUCUGGCACAUCUUCACAUGGAAAUUGUUGGUACGCAAGGUAAACCAGCUAUCGCUCAUAGAGACCUCAAAUCGAAGAACAUUCUCGUUAAGACGAAUGGUACAUGUGCGAUUGGUGAUCUUGGAUUGGCUGUUAGGCAUGAUGUAAUCACGGACACAGUUGAUAUUCAAUUAAAUAACAGGGUUGGAACCAAACGUUAUAUGGCACCUGAGGUCUUGGAAGAGACGAUAAAUAUGAAUCAUUUCGAUUCGUUCAAAAGAGCAGACGUGUACGCUCUCGGUUUAAUCUUUUGGGAAAUUGCAAGACGUUGUAACGUUGGUGGAAUUCAUGACGAUUAUCAACUGCCCUUUUACGAUUUGGUGCCUUCCGAUCCUACGAUCGAGGAAAUGCGUAAGGUAGUCUGUACAGACAGACAAAGGCCCUCCAUACCAAAUCGAUGGCAGUCGAUCGAGGCUCUACAAGUGAUGUCAAAAGUGAUGAAGGAAUGCUGGUAUCAUAAUGCUGCGGCAAGGCUGACUGCACUCAGGAUUAAAAAGUCUUUGGCCAACUAUGGCGCUAUGGAGGAUCUGAAAUAGAGAAGAUUAGGAGGGACCAUUCCGAAAGUGUCAGUGUUGUUGUUAUGCUUCACAAAUAUAGGAAAUGCGAUCAUAAACUAUAUGUGAAUAUAUGAGAACGUUUGCAUAAACUUUAUUCCAUUAUGCGAGAUAUUCCAGAAGAAUAUAGAAGGGAUUUUUGAAAUCCAGGUGAUUUACAAAUUGUAUUAUUUAUUAAUAGUUUAUUUCUAUUUUUGAUUUUGGAAUUCAAUCAAAAAGUAAUGAAAUUUUGUUUACGAUUUGUUGAUAUUUUUCAAAAAAAUUGUCGAAGGUCUUUUAAUUUGAACGUUGUUAAUUAUUAUUAUUAUUAUUUUUUUUUUCGUUGGUUAGAACACAAUGACAAAGGUAAAGUCGAUCGAAAAAUGCUUUUGGUUAAUCGAAAAAUAAUCUACGUUACAUUACUGCAUAUUUAUUAUAAUGCUAUAAAGAUAAACUACAUAAAUUUAUUCCGUAGUAACGUUUAUGGAUUAAUAUUAAUCGAUAAUUAUAAGUUUAUAUAUUAGUUCGCAUACGUGUGCGUAGGCGAUUACUUGAAAGCAGUGUCGAUUAACCAAAUGGUAUUUUGAAUAAGAAUAGGGUAAUAUAAUAAAACUGAUUUUUAUUUGGUCGAAUGUGUUCUAUGUGAUCUAUAAAGAUUAAGGAACAAAACAGAAUAUUUUAGAUAUUGGAUAUUUUUUUUUUAAUUUAUUUCUCUAUGUUCCGGAUAGUGUUAUUAUUUCGAAAUACUUUUUUCACGCAUUUUUCAAAUUGAACUUAUCGUCGAUGUUUUAACAGUGCGAGCAGAAACCAAACUUUCCGAGAGUAUGUACCAUAUAACACGUGUUACAAGAGAAAUACAUAUACACAGAGAAAUUUCUUUUUUUUUUUUGGCAAUGCAAGCGGGAUGCUGACAUUAAGAAAAAGUAAACAAAACGUGCAAGGUAAUUUUUAUAUUUAUUAUUUUCAACGAGUCUAUGUACUACACUUUUUCGAAAUCGAUAUUUUCAAAAUAAUGCAAGCAAGAAUUAUGAUUUUGAAAAUAUUUCUUUGUAUUACAAUUUAGGAUAAAAUUUUCGAACGUUGAAGUAGUUGUAAAAGUUUCUUCGUGUGAAAUCGGUGAAACUUGAAAAGAUAAGUUUUACAUUGAAACAAAACUAUUUCAAAACAAAAUGAAGAGAAAAAAAGAAAUGUAUUUGAUAAAUCGCAAUUGCAUAAUACGAAGAGCCUUAUCGCGUUUUCGUUGACAUUGGAAGGCCUUUUAUCUACGACCAGUUAUAUUUACUGAUUGACUUAAAUAUACGUACAUACGUAUAUAUGCGCACGUGCGCGUGGGCUUAUAAUGUCUUUAAUGUAAAUGUAACCAAAUGUUUUUCUUAAGACGUAAGUUUGCGUAAUAUUAACGCAAGUUGAUCGCGACAUGCAACGGUAUACCCCGCGAGUAUAUCGAAACGUGUUUCCUUUGUAACACAGGAAGGCUGAAAUUGAAGGGUGCUAAGCUCAAGAGCAACUGUAAAGUAGUGUGAAAGAAGGAGAGCAAGUGAGUUAGUGGUAGCGAGAGUGGCUUGCGCGAGUAUGAAAGAAAGAAAGAAAGAAAGAAAGAAGAAGAAAAAAAAAGAAAUGAAAAAUUGUGAAUGAGACGCUAAUAAUAAAAAGUAAAAAGAAAAAAAAGAGAAGAAAAGAAAAGAAAAAAUAAAAAAAGGAUGGAGAAAGAGAGAAAGAUACAUUGGAGAAUCUAUAUUUUCGGGAAUUUUUUAAUGGAAUGUAAAAGAAAGAGAGAUAAAAAGAAAAAGAAGAAGGGGAUGAAAAAAAACUGUCAUCAUCUUAACGAGUUACAACGUAUGAAUUGUUUACGACGUUGUACUUGUUAUUUAUGAAGCACAAUUUUUCUACUAUUUUUCUCACCAUCUUACUUUCGUUUCUUUUUUCUUCUUCCCCUCUUCUUCUUCUUUUUCUUCGUUUCUUUCUCUUUCGCGUUGAGAACGACGAUCAACAUGAGAACGAGCAUUGUUCGGUAUUUGUGCGACAUGUUGUGUAUAUUGUAUGACAAAAAGCAAUCAUUACGAACGGGAAUUUAUAAAUUUAGCAUAGUGUGAGAUCGAAUGGAAGUAUAUGUUUCUCGUUAGCUUUAUUAGUAUCUUGUCCUCUAAUGAACAUUAACAUUUUCAUUACAGCGAAGUUGUCCAUAAAGUAUAACAUCUGAUACUUUGUCGUAUUAUGCAAAUUAUUGAUUUCUUAUAUAUUGUUAAAUCAAAUUAACAUUUAUAAAAGAAUAUAUGUCAAAAUAUGCUAAUUCAUGCAGAAUUUUGUCGAGUAUCUAUAGUUAUCUUUAGUAAACAGCGAAUGUUCAACGUUGAGUGACUAUAGUCAUUUUUAAUAAGGAAAAAAUUAAACUUAUUUGACUUUUGUUUCAUUGUAAAUAAGUUGUUUGAAAUGAAACAAUAAACAACAACUUUCAAAUGAUUGAAAUAAAAUGAAAUAUUUAAAUGGAUUAAAUAAAAUAAAGUGAGUUUUCUAAUGAUUUGAAAGUCGUCGUCGUUUAUUAUUUCAUUCUUUGGAUAUAAUAAUAGCCUGGUUUAUGUUUAUUAGAGGUUAGGUAUUCAUUAAUGAAGCUGGCGACGAUAAUUUUGUAUUGGAGGAAUUAUGCGAGAACGAUUGAAAAUAAGGCAAUGAUUUUGUACGUAGUAAUGCUCGCGUGAUAAGAAAACUCGUCGAAGACGAAAGAAAGAAGGCGAGAUAGAGAUAGAGAUAGAGAUAGAGAUAGAGAUAGAGAUACAUAGAUGAGAGAGAGAGAGAAAGAGGGAGAGAGGGGGAGGGAGGGAGGGAGGGAGGGAGGGAGGGAGGGAGGGUCAAAUAAUCUUCGUCAUCCAAUAAUCAACAUAAAAGUCUGCGACGUUACAAUUAAAUAUUAUUACGUAGAAAAGGCAAGAGUCCUUUUAAAACACAUAAUCGUAUUUUUAUAUUGUUUUUUACCGAUAACGCCGCGCUCGGUUGCCGUACUCACUUUCUCUUCCGUUUUCUAAAACCACCGAUUGGUGGAAAGAUACUUCGGAAUUCACGUAUAAUAUGUAUAAGUUGAAAAUAUUAGUGCCUACGUUUGGACGAAAGAAAAGAAUUUUUUUCGUAUUUCUUUAUAACUAUAUAAUUAUUCAAGAUACAAGUUAGAAUGACGAAAGAAAGAAAGAAAUUAUUUUUGUUUCUCUAAUCUCGGCAAAGAAGCGAACAUAUAUUUGUUCAUUGGCUUUUGUAACGAUGUAAGAAUGGAUUCGUUUAAUCCAACUGCCGCAGAUUGCGAUAGAAAUAAAAGACUGAAAAAUAUUCAAAUAAUAGUACGGGCUGGAUACAUAUCUCACAGGGUUUAUGCGAACUCUUUUUAAUAAACAUAGCAAAUGAUGUAGAUGAUCCUUUACAAAAAUGAUACGAUUGACAGUAUUACAAAUUUCAUUUCUUCUCACAUUGUGACAAAUAUCUUUUCUUUCUAAUCAGAAUUGAAACUAUGGAUUAUAUCCUGCCAUACCGUACGAUUUUAUUCUAUUAAUGGCAUAACGAAUCGCAUGUCCCAAGACUGUCUAGAUUUAAGCUGGUUGGUCAUUCGAUGACCAUUAUUUACUAUUUUACCGAAUCUUAGGGACCUAAUGAAUGAGCAGUCAAUUUGAAAAUAACAAAUGUCUCUCAAUAGCUUUGAUUAUAAUUAUACUUAUAUCAUCUUCGCAUGUAAAUCGUAAAGAACAAAUGGUCCGAAGUAAAAAUCUUUUUGCUCACCUUUUAUGUACAUUCCUAUUACGAAGUAGGUUAAUUUAUAAAAUGCGUAAACGAGAGGAAGAGCCGUACGCGUCGGUGAAUCUUUAAACACGAUUCGCGUGGUUAAGUAAAUUCAUUAGCCGUUUCGAUAAACGAACGUGGGCCUUUCAUCGACGCGAAAUUUCUGCAGAUAUUUCCAUACUGCUAGUACAACUCUGUGCCAAUACCCAACCGAAUGUUAACUAAAGCAGAAAACCAGUAAUGAUAAUAUUAGCUGCAUCAUCUUCGUAAUUACAUCCUCGCCACCUUCUUUAUAAUAAAUACACAUAUACACACACAUAUAGAUACAUAUUCAUAGGGACGAUACAUUUACACACAUUAUACAUAUAGCUAGGUCAAUCUUUUUAAGGUUUGCAAGUGUAAGUUAUACAGGAAGUCAGAAGAAUUCACAUUGAUGAAACGUCUAAACAUUGCCAGUAUCGUUCGAAACAAUCUUUUUUGCCGAGAAUAAGAAAAGAUUAUUUUCCCAAUUGAAAGAUAAUGUGUUUCCGAAGCGUCGAACCAAUUUCAUUAAAAUAUUCGACGAUGCUAAACUGCCAAAUAAGAUUUUAUCCUCUAUCGUUCUUUCUUUCCAUAUUAAUGGUUUAAGUCGAAACUUGUACAAAUGGAGAGUAACAAUAAAACGAAGAAAAACGUUGCAUCAUUGCGGCUGCAUUUAUGUCAGUAUCGAUAUCGUUAGAGGGAGGAAGAUAUAUGUAUGUACCUUUACGAUGAUAUAGUAUAUAUACAUAUACAUAUAUAUAUAUAUAUAUAUAUAUAUAUAUAUAUAUAUAUAUAUAUAUAUAUAGCGUCUAACUUAUUUUAACACUUUUCCAGUUGAUUAACGGGGUAUUGCGAAGCAAUCGUUAGAUACAGUUAGGACACGCAUAUUCACGCGAAACAAAUUUCUAUGUCGCAUUGUUUUUUUUCAGCGAAAAUAGAUCGGUAGGGUCUUCAAGCUAUAUAUGCCGGUAUACAAAUAGCGAAACGAAAAAGUAAACAAACAAACAAAUAAAGGAUACGAAAAGUGAUUCCAAGAGUAUAAAGUGAGCUCUUUUUAUAACUACGAUUGUAAAUAAUAGACUGUGUCUGAAGCUUUCCAAAUCAUGGAGUACGAUCUUCUUUUAAUAGUUGAGAAAGAGAACUUCGAAUAGAAAAGAUUUUAACGAACGAAAUGCGAGUGACUGGUUUGAAAUUUUCAAGUUGAUUGAAGAAAUUUUAGAAGAUAUCCACGAUUUGGAAAAUAUUACUGAGGUUACGAAGACAACAAAGUUAGCGAUAAAUAAUGAUAAUCGAUAUAAAUAACACAGCUUGGUUUGUUCCUUCUUCCUUUAGCUAAAAGCUUCAUCGUACCUUUUCUUGUUUUUUUUUCUUUUCUUUCUUUUUUUUUUUUUUUUGGACACUGAUAGUUGCUGGAUAUCAUAUUGGCAUCGUUUAUGUAUCAGUGCUUAACCGGGAGCCUAGUAAUCACAGCUUUUUUUGUGUCUAUAAUUAUGAAUCGAUAACAUAUUUUAGAACGGCGAUAUUUAUUGUUUACAUAAAAAUUACAUGAUCAAAUUUAAAUAAUGGCUUCAAUGCUUCCCUCUUAAUAAAUAUAUUAUAAUUAUACUUAUGAAGGACUAUGCGAAAAAUGGUUGCGAUUUACGCGAGAGAUCCGGUGAUUCGCGAAAAUGUGCCGUGAGUGUUAAUAAUUAUUAUUCUCCGCAUUAUUUAUUGGAAUAUUGUAAUAAUGCGAAAAAAGUACAAGUUUAUAAGGAAUCGUAAGAUGAUAAUUGAUAAGAGAUAUCUUAAAUGAAGAAUUUGAUUUUUUAGUUUCAUUAAUCAAGAACGCGAUCUUUGGCCUAUUCUUCUUUUAAUAUGCAUAAUAUUAAUUAUUUUCGAAAAUAUGUAUUAAUUUAUAUCGUAAGGAUCCUGGUGGAAGGUAUAUAAAUAUUUCGUACAACCAAUUUACUUAACAAUAAUUCAAAUGUAAUCUUUUAUUAUUCUAUUUAAUUUUAUCUUUUUUGUUUUUUUUCUUUUACCUUUUUUUUGCAAAAAUACUUUAUGCAGUUAUGAGCAGAACGUUACGAAUGAAAGGGAACACAAAAAUAUCGAGCGAAUUUUCCGAUUUUCUUGUAUUUAUAAUAUAUUACGUCUUUAAAAUAGUGUAAUUAAUUUUAAGCACGUAUCUAUCUUUUUAAUUUUCAUCUAAUCAUAUUAUUAUUAUUACCACUUUGUUAAAAGUUUUUAUUUCCUUCUUCUUUAUUUCUUUCUAAUGUAUAAUAAUCCUGUAAAUAACGAUGUAAAUGUUAUUAUUCAAUGAAAAUUGCGUAUCGAUAGAAUGAACCCUUGUAAUUUUCGUAAUGGAUGGUUGGAUUUACGAGUGA